GAAUUGGUUUAGACACUUCUUGGAAGCAUUUUUCGCAUUUCCCCAUGAUGGCUUUGAUUCACAAAAGAGGACUAUUAAUAACAUGUUUUUUGUUGUUUGUCAGUCAAGGAACAUCUAAACCGAAUUUUAUGGUGACAUUUCCAGCCAUUAUAAGAUCAGGCUCAGAGGCUAAAUUAUGUAUGAGCCUUCUGAAACCAGAAAAAAAUCUGCAGCUUACCAUUACUCUGGUUAGCAGUAACCAGAACCGAACACUUCUGCAGGAGAAAACAGAGAAGGAAUUCCAUCGCUGCCUUGACUUUCAAGCUCCUGAGUCAGCGUCUGUGCAGGAGAUUUAUGUGGAAGCUCAAGGGAAAUACACACAUCUGAUCGAAAAGAGAAAAGUCAAGUUUGUUUCACAUAAUCCACUGACUCUAAUAAAAACUGAUAAACCAAUCUACAAUCCUGGAAAAACAGUUCAAUUCAGGAUUUUCACAAUUGACUUUGACUUUAAACCAGUUGAUGAAACCUACAAACUGAUAGCAAUCCAGGACAAUCGAGGGAACAGAAUUAAUCAGUGGAUUAAUGCCACAUCCACCCAUGGCAAAAUUCUGCAGCUUUCCCAUUCAUUGAACCCAGAGGCUUCUGUUGGUUUAUAUGAGCUGUCAGUUGAAACCAACAAGGGAAAAUUUCUAGAAUUUUUUCAGGUUAAAGAAUAUGUUCUACCGAAAUUCGAAGUGAAAAUACAUAAGCCAAAGUUAGUAAGAGGUAAUGAAAAGGAAGUAAAGCUGGGGGUGUGCGGAAGAUACACCCAUGGACGACCUGUUCUGGGAAGAGUAAAGAUGACACUCUGCUCAUCCAGAAUAAUCAAUUCUUAUUUCGGUUCCCAUUAUCAAAUUCCAUUUUGUGUUACUGGGUCAGCAGUACUGAACAAGACUGGGUGCGCCUUUGAGAUGUUCCCCUUGUCAUCUUUUAUUCAAAAAUCAGUAGUGGAAUACAUUACAUCGCAGUCUCUCGAGUUCACUGCAUCCAUUACUGAGGAGGGAACAGGCAUCACUGAGGGGGGGACCGAAAAAGUCACAUUGUCAUAUAUUAUUGGUACAGUCAAAUUUAUUGACGUGCCUGAUUUUUAUGAGGAAGGAUCAGUCAUAAAGGCCAAGGUUAAAGUUGAGCUAUUCAAUGGACAACCAGUUUCUAACAUCAAGUUAGUUGUCUACGUCCCAUCUGGGAUUGGAGAACUAAUCACAGACAUCAAUGGGCUGGCUAAUUUCACCAUUGAUACGUCCUUUGGGAUAGGUACUACUUUAAUUUUAACGGCAAGUUUAUUAAGCACACCAGAGUUUGUUCCAUUCAGUUUUGAUUCUGCGCACAAAACCCUGCAAAAAAAGCCCAAACAAGAUUCAUUUAAUAAGAGCCAACUGGAUAUAAAGGCACUGGAGGAACCGCUGAAGUGUGGGGUGGAGAUUUCAGUGACCGUGCAGUACACUAUUGCUCGAGAGACUGCUGAAAGUGUUACCAUAGUCUAUCUGGUUUUAUCAAGAGCACAAAUAGUCUCCCACGGAUAUGAGAGCAUUGAGCUGAAAGGCUCUGACAGAGUAGUGAAGGGAGAAGUGACGUUUAAAGUCCCUUUUCGCUCUCGGAUGGCUCCAGAAAUACAGUUUUUGGCAUACUGUGUGCUGCCCAGUGAGAAUGUACUUGCUGCGUCCAAAACAUUUCAAACUGAGAAAUGUUUUGAAAACAAGGUCUCGCUGCGGUUUUCACCAACUACUGCAGUUCCAGGUGAAGAAAACACUCUCCAGCUCUCAGCUCAGCCUGGUUCACUGUGUGGUAUCAGUGCUGUAGAUCAGAGUGUCCUGAUCCUGGAGUCAGGACAACGCCUGGAUGCUGACAAAGUGUUUAAAAUGUUGCCAACAAUGACUUUUACAUACGAUGUUGAAGAUCAGAUGGAAUGCUUGAAAUUUAGAUCCAAAAGAAGUUUGCGGUUUAUGCCAGCUAUUUCUCAAUAUGGAGCAGUACCAUCCUACCAUAAUAUGUACCCCCCACUUUCAGGGAGUACAGGAGAUGCUGUGUUUGAGACUUUCAAGAACAUGGGAUUAAAGGUGGCAACAAAUUUGGUUAUUAGAAUCCCACAUUGUAUUAAAUUCAGAGAUGUAUUGUUUCAGAGAGCAUAUGGUGGUUAUGGUGUUGGUUUUGGUUAUGGAGCUGUUCCACGUGGAAUAGAUCCUCCUGCAAUUCCGGCUUUAGCAGGAGCACCAGGUGCAGGAGCCCUUAUUCCAGCAAGAGGUGGAGUCGUAGCUGAAGCUGAAAGACUUAUACCAAGCCCACUUCCAACUUUGAGCAUCUCUCUCUUGCCUGAGGAGACAAUUCGCACAUUCUUUCCAGAAACUUGGAUCUGGGAAAUUGUGGAGGUUGGAGACUCUGGAUCAGCUGAGGUUCCUGUCACAGUUCCUGACACCAUCACAUCUUGGGCGACGGAGGCCUUCUGUCUGUCCUCCACAGGUCUGGGUUUGGCUCCUCCUGCUAAGCUGAUAGUUUUCCAGCCCUUCUUCCUGGAGCUCUCUCUGCCUUACUCCAUUGUUCGUGGGGAGAUCUUUGAGCUCAAGGCCACUGUCUUCAACUAUCAGUCCAAGUGCAUCAUGGUUAAAGUGAGUCCAGCUCCUUCCUCAGACUACACUCUCAAAGCCUCCUCUGAUGAUCAGUAUUCAUCCUGUCUCUGUGCUAAUGGAAGAAAAACCUUUAAAUGGAUCCUUACUCCUUCUGUUCUUGGAGUGGUGAAUGUUACAGUCAGUGCAGAGGCAGAGGCGUCCCAGACUGUGUGUGACAAUGAGAUUGUGAGUGUGCCAGAGAGAGGACGCAUUGACACCGUCACACGGAGUCUGCGUGUCAAUGCUGAAGGAAUUGAAAAAACUAAAAGCCACAGCUGGCUGCUUUGCCCCAAAGGGCAAAAUCACUUGGAGGAGGUAGAGCUGGCUUUUCCACAAAAUGUGAUAGAGGGUUCAGGAAGAGCCACUGUUUCAGUGCUUGGAGACUUAUUGGGCCGUGCUCUGAAGAACCUUGAUGGUUUAUUACGAAUGCCGUACGGCUGUGGAGAACAAAAUAUUGCUGUUCUUUCUCCCAACAUUUACAUUCUGCAGUAUCUGGAGAACACAAAUCAGCUCACAUCCGCCAUUCGAGAGAGAGCCUCUGGCUUCCUUAAGAGCGGUUAUCAGAGGCAACUGAACUAUUUGAAUUUGGAUGGGUCAUAUACAACAUUUGGUCAAGGUGAAGGCAACACAUGGCUGACCGCGUUUGUGCUGAGGACUUUCGGGAAAGCACAAGAUUACAUCUUCAUUGACCCCCCAAAAAUCGAGAAAUCAAAGGAAUGGCUGGUGAGCCAUCAACGACCAGAUGGUUCAUAUCAAAUCAAGGGAAAACUCUUUAAUAACAGAAUGAAGGGUGGUGUAAGUGACAGCGUGACCAUCACUGCCUAUAUAACCGCAUCACUACUUGAGCUGAACAUACCAGUUACGGAUCCGGCUGUCAGUAAAGGCCUUUCACACUUAAAGCAGUAUGCUGGUGAUAUUCGUAACCUUUACACCUCUGCACUGCUAAGCUAUACUUUCAGUUUGGCAAAAGACAAAGAGGUUCGGGACAGCCUUUUGAACAAGCUUAAGAACAUUGCGAUUUCAGAAGGUCCUCUUGUCCACUGGUCUCAGUCUGCAUCUGCUGAUGACUCUGAUUCUCUGGAUGUGGAGAUCAGCUCAUAUGUGCUGCUAGCUGUUCUCACUGCAGAUUCACUCACUACAGCUGAUCUGGGCUUUGCUAACAGGAUUGUCAGCUGGCUUGUGAAGCAGCAGAAUGCCUAUGGAGGAUUCUCCUCCACGCAGGACACAGUGGUGGCUCUUCAGGCUCUGUCUUUGUACGCCACCAAAGUGUUCAGCUCUGACGGCUCCAGCACAGUGACUGUACAGUCAGCAGGAGACUCUCACCACUUUGAUGUCAAUCAGGACAACAAGUUACUGUACCAGGAGAAGCAGCUGGCCAAUGUGCCGGGCAAAUACAGCAUUGAAGUCAAGGGCUCAGCCUGUGUGUCUGUGCAGAUGUCUCUUUUCUACAAUAUCCCUACUCCAAAGAAAUCUAAUAAAUUAGAAUUCUCUGUUAAGACUGAGGGAACUUGCCAGAACACAGAUUGGCAAAUUCUGGACGUCAUAUUAAACAUAGUAUAUAAGGGAAUACAAUAUAUAGAGACCUCCAACAUGAUCAUUGUAGAUAUGAAACUCUUGUCUGGUUUCAGCGCAGAACCGAUUUUUAUGGAUGAGGUAAAGAAAGCAGUAAGUCGUGUUGAAUCCAGUGAUGAGCAUAUCAUCGUAUAUCUAAACGAGAUUCGGAAUAACAUAAACUACCGGCUUCCGUUUCGUAUUAAAAGGAUCUUCUCUGUUAAAAACCUCAAGCCAGCAGUUAUAAAAGUCUACGACUACUACCAGACCAGUGAGCGAGCUGAAGCAGAAUACACAAAUCACUGUGCCUGAUGAGUGAUGCUGCAGAAAACAAAACAGAUGUCAACACACACAUCACUAAUUCUAUGCUGUUUGUACAAAAAAUAUUAAGAUGUAAGCUUAUCAUUCUGACUUCUAGCCAAUACAUGUAAGAAAAGUUAGAGUUAUUAAAAAUAAAAAAUAAAAACUUGGCAGUGCUAAAAUGUGUUAGCAAACAAACAUUAACUCAAUGCUGGUACAUUAGCAGUGUGCUACAAUAGAACGUAACUGUGCUAAAAUGUCACGCUUUCCAAAACAUCUGUCAAUACAAAUAUAAGUAUCAUUCAUGUGUAAUGAGUUCAUUAGCUUGGAUUACUUAAUAGCUUAGCUUAGAUUACUUAUUAAGCACAUAAUAAAGCCUUAUUCUGCAUGACCUUA